CGGCCACUCCCUGCAACUCACCCAAGAACACACUCGAGCUGAGCACGUCUAGCUAGCUAUAUCUCUCAACAUCUUCCGAGCUACUACUAGUAGCUAGCUAGCUAGAGGAAGCAGCAGCAAUGGCGAAAUCUUGCACCUUGGUACUACUACUUGUCGCACUGGUCGGGCUCUCACUUCUUGUGAGCCCCAUUGCUUGCUCCCGCAAGCUCAGCAAGCCGAAACCCAAGCCGAAGCCGAGCAUGAAGAAGCCGGUGGUCCGGGCUCACAACAACUACACCGGUAGCCCGUCGGUGACGGUCACCACCGGCUGGGCCGCCGCCGGCGCCACGUACUACGGCGCCCCCAACGGCGACGGCAGCGACGGCGGCGCUUGCGGCUACCAGACCGCCGUCGGGCAGCGGCCGUUCUCGUCGAUGAUCGCCGCCGGGAGCCCGUCGCUGUACAAGGGAGGCAAGGGGUGCGGCGCGUGCUAUGAGGUUAAAUGCACGACCAACGCAGCUUGCUCCGGCCAGCCAGCCACCGUCGUCAUCACCGACGAGUGCCCCGGGGGCAUCUGCCUCGCCGGCGCCGCGCACUUCGACAUGAGCGGCACUUCCAUGGGCGCCAUGGCCAAGCCCGGCAUGGCCGACAAGCUCCGCGCCGCCGGUAUCCUCCAGGUCCAGUACAGAAGGGUGCCAUGCAAGUACAGCGGCGUGAACAUCGCGUUCAGGGUUGACCAGGGGGCAAACCCGUUCUACUUCGAGGUGCUCAUCGAGUUCGAGGACGGCGACGGCGACCUCAACGCCGUCGACCUGAUGGAGGCCGGCUGCGGCUGGACGCCGAUGGUGCAGAACUGGGGCGCGCUCUGGCGGUACAACUCCAACACCGGCAAGGCCCUGAAGGCGCCAUUCUCGCUCCGCCUCACCUCCGACUCCGGCAAGGUGCUCGUCGCAAACAACGUCAUCCCGGCGAGCUGGAAGCCCGGCGUGACGUACCGCUCCCUGGUGAACUACUCCUAAAUUAAUUACAGCUCUCUCCACAUCUCCUGCAAGAAGCUGCAGUGCAGAGUUGCGGUAAAUUGGUAAUUACAGAUUUAUAAUUAGCCUCGGGUUAAUUAUAUGGCGGGAAAUGUGCGUCCGGGUGUUGCGAGAGGCGGUGUCAGAAGAGGAGGAAAGGAGGUUUAAGAAUCGUGUUCUUCCCUCCACGGUCUCUGCAUUCCCCUAGUGAUGUGACUGUGUCGUCGUCGAUUUGUCUGUAAAAUUUUAUUUUUCUUAGUUAUAUCUUCCUCUGUUAUUGUCAUGUUGAGGGAGAAGCUUGAGCUGCAACUAAUGUUGCAUGCCGAUGUAUCAAGUUUGUGUGUGUGUGUUUUUUUUGUACCACGCAAAUCUUUCAGAUAAAUGGAUUAGUACUGUCAGAAGAUUUCUGUACUUCACUGGAA